AUGGCGAGUCUCCCGGCCCACAGAUCCUCAUGGAGAUACUCUUCCUCGAAACCAAGCUUUGAUGUGAGGAACCCUGAUAAGCGUGGGGUGGUACGGCUUUUGUUUGGUGGAUCUGGCAUUAAGCUAGCGAAGCCAUUGCUGUCGGAAGAGAUGAUUGUGACAUGCGGCCCAAAUGCAGUCCCCCAAUCUAUGAAGCCAGAAACUUACAAAAUUAUUGGUGGGGACAUUGCCGACAUUUUAGAUUUCCCAUGGCAGAUAAGAUCUGAUUUGGAGAUCAUCUAUGGUGAAAACAACUUAAAGGCCAAAAGCUCGAUGAAAUGGAAAGUGGACAAGCUAGUUCUUCACCCUCAUUUUGACCCCUGGACCAUGGAUAAUGACAUAGCUUUGAUUUUGCUAAAAUUCCCAAUAAAGUUGGGUGUCGGGAAAGCGCCCGUCUGCCUUUCAGAGAUCUCCGGCAUAGAGAAAUGGAGAAACUGCUGGGUGUCUGGAUGGGGUGCCAGUGAUCCCGGGAGACCUGUGGGUCUAGCACUGGAGAAAGUCAAUCUGCAGCUCGUCCAAUGGGAACACUGUUCCAAGUCUGUCCCCAUGCUCACGUACAACAUGCUGUGUGCUAAGCAUCCGGAAGGUGGAAAGGAUGCCUGCCAGGGUGACAGCGGUGGGCCUCUAGUUUGCCAGAAACAGAACCGCAGCACGUGGUACCAGUUAGGCAUUAUCAGCUGGGGCAUCGGCUGUGGCCUGAAGAACCACCCUGGAGUGUACACAAAGGUGUCUAAUUAUCUUGUAUGGAUUCGAAAUGAGGCAAAGCUGGCAGGAAAACCCUACAAGCCCGAGUCUGACUCCGGGAAUAGUUUUCUUCUCUUGCCCUGGGCCGUUUUGUUCCUGUAUCCUGUGAUGUUUCUAGUACCUCAGUUAUUAAAUGCUGCAUUGCCUUAA